CCCUCCACUCACCGCCGGGCUGCGCGGGUUGCGUGCUCCGCUGUCGGGACCGCGCCCGUGCCCGCGCCGAUAGUCUCGCCCAGGUGAGGUGCGGCUGUGGAGAGUUAAGCAUCAGGAUCGGGAAGCAGCAGCGUUGGUGCUGCUGGUGUGUGUGUGUGUGGGGGGGGGGAGUGGAAACGCACAAGGAAAAUAAUCCAAUAACCCGGACAGAAACUCUGCUAAUACAAUUGACCUGAAAGAAACAUUUUACUGCUGGAUCUAAAGGAACCCUGUGGGGGGGGGGGGAGAAAAGUCUGUGGAGGAGGAGAAGCAGGAGUCGCAGUCCGGAAUAAAGAAAGUCUUUUCUCUCUCUCUCUCUGCCGGUCCGGAGAGACACGGGGAACCAUGGCGGAGCAGGAAAGCCUGGAGUUCGGGAAGGCAGACUUUGUCCUCCUGGAUACAGUCAACAUGUCAGAAUUCAUGGCUAACCUCAAACUGAGGUUUGAGAAGGGCAAAAUUUACUCGUACAUCGGUGAAGUUGUGGUUUCUGUUAACCCUUACCGUCCUAUGAAUAUCUAUGGAAAGGAUACCAUUGAGCAAUACAAAGGACGUGAGCUGUACGAGAGACCGCCUCACCUAUUCGCUAUUGCAGAUGCAACAUACAAAGCUAUGAAGCGGAGGUCAAAGGACACCUGUAUUGUCAUAUCAGGGGAGAGUGGUGCUGGUAAAACAGAGGCUAGUAAAUACAUCAUGCAGUUCAUUGCAGCUAUUACAAAUCCCAGCCAACGUCUGGAAGUGGAAAGGGUAAAGAACAUGUUGUUAAAGUCCAAUUGUGUGUUGGAAGCCUUUGGAAAUGCCAAAACGAACCGUAAUGACAAUUCCAGUCGAUUUGGAAAGUACAUGGAUAUUAACUUUGACUUUAAAGGUGACCCUAUAGGGGGCCACAUCAGUAACUACCUAUUGGAAAAAUCUCGGGUUAUUGUACAGCAGCGAGGAGAACGAAACUUCCACUCCUUUUACCAGUUACUCCUGGGUGGUCCUGAGAAAUUACUACGGACCUUGCACAUUCAAAAAGACUCAACAGCUUACAACUUCAUCAAAGUCGGAGGAGUAGUAAAGUCUGCGAUAAACGAUGCGGCUGAUUUUAAAGCUGUCGCAGAUGCCAUGAAAGUGAUUGGUUUCACUGCUGAAGAGAUUCAGACGGCCUAUAAAAUUCUUGCCACUAUUCUCCACCUGGGAAAUUUGAAGUUUGCAAUGGAUGGUGACUCUGUUCUCAUUGAAAACAGUAAGUUGGUGUCCGUAGUUGCAGAGCUGCUCUCUACAAAGAGUGACAUUGUGGAGAAGGCCUUAUUGUAUCGGACUGUAGCCACAGGCCGGGAUGUGAUCGACAAACAGCACACAGAAGAGGAGGCCAGCUAUGGACGGGAUGCGUUUGCCAAGGCAAUAUACGAUCGCCUUUUCUGUUGGAUUGUCAACCGAAUCAAUGAUAUUAUUGAAGUUAAGAAUUAUGAUGCCAAAAUCCAUGGGAAAAACACGGUUAUUGGUGUCCUGGAUAUCUAUGGCUUUGAGAUCUUUGACAACAACAGCUUGGAACAGUUUUGUAUUAACUACUGCAAUGAGAAACUGCAGCAGCUCUUCAUCCAGCUUGUCCUGAAGCAGGAACAGGAGGAGUACCAACGUGAAGGUAUCCCCUGGAGACAUAUCGACUACUUUAACAAUCAGAUCAUUGUGGAUUUGGUGGAACAGCAACACAAGGGUAUCAUUUCAAUUCUUGAUGAUGCCUGUGUAAAUGUGGGGAAGGUCACUGAUAAGAUGUUCCUGGAUGCUCUGAAUACCAAACUGCAAAAACAUGCCCAUUACUCCAGCCGGAAGCUUUGUGCAACCGAUAAGACCCUGGAUUUUGAUCGAGAUUUUCGGAUUAAGCACUAUGCUGGCCAUGUUGUUUAUUCCGUUAUUGGCUUCAUUGACAAAAACAAGGACACCCUGUUCCAGGACUUCAAACGGCUAAUGUAUAACAGCUCAAAUUCUGUGCUGAAGAAUAUGUGGCCGGAGGGAAAGCUCAGCAUCACAGAAGUGACUAAACGUCCAUUAACUGCUGCCACCUUGUUCAAAUCUUCCAUGAUUGCAUUGGUUGAAAACUUGGCAUCGAAAGAGCCGUACUAUGUCCGUUGUAUCAAGCCCAAUGAUCAGAAAUCUCCGCUGCUGUUUGAUGAUCAGCGCUGCCAACACCAGGUUGAAUAUUUAGGUUUAAUGGAAAACGUACGUGUUCGAAGGGCAGGAUUCGCUUACCGACAGUCUUAUGAUAGAUUUCUUCAAAGAUAUAAGAUGAUUUCAGAGUUCACAUGGCCGAACCAUGACAUGCGAUCCGACCAAGAGGCCGUGAAGAAGUUGGUAGAGUGCUGCGGGUUUCAGCACGAUGUAGCUUACGGGAAAACCAAACUCUUCAUUCGGACCCCAAGAACGUUGUUCACUCUGGAGGAUCGGCGAACGCAGAUGAUUGAAAGGAUCGUACUCUUCCUACAGAAGGUCUGGAGAGGUACCAUAGCUCGGCUUCGCUACAGACGUACCAGAGCUGUCUACAUUAUCAUAAACCACUACAGAAAGUGCAAAGUGAAGUCUUAUAUCCGGGAGGUAGGGAGGCGCUUCCAGAAUGUUGGUAGCAUGAAGGAUUAUGGGAAACACGUGAAAUGGCCGACUCCACCCAAGGUCCUGCGUAAAUUUGAGGACACGUUGCAGUCUGUUUUUCAAAGAUGGAGAGCUUAUCAAUUGAUUAAGAGUAUCCCGCCUGCUGACUUGCCACAGGUCAGAGCAAAAGUUGCAGCUGUGGAGAAUCUCAAGGGUCAAAGGGGCGACCUGGGCCUACAGAGAAGCUGGGAGGGCAAUUACCUGGCAACAAAACGGGAUAACCCACAGCUGACACCUGCCUUCUCUGCAAGAGCCAGUGAGCUGAAGCGAAAAGACAAAUACAUGAACACGCUCUUUUCCAGUCAUGUACGGAAGAUAAACCGAUUUAAUAAAUCUGAGGACCGUGCAAUUUUCAUCACUGACCGUCACCUAUACAAAUUGGAUCCGCUGAAGCAGUAUCAAGUGAUGAAGACUAUUCCUUUGUAUAACGUUACUGGAGUGAGCGUAUCAACAGGAAAGGAUCAGCUUGUUGUGUUCCACACCAAGGAUAAUAAAGACCUCAUUGUGUGCCUUGAUAAAAUGCAGCCAGCCAAUGAGAACCGCAUCGGCGAGCUUGUGGGUGUUGUGGCCAAUCACUUCAGAAGCGAGAAGAGGCACUUGCAAGUGAAGGCAUGUGACCCCAUUCAAUGCUCCAUGCAUGGAAAGAAGUGUACCAUCAUCGUGGAGACCAAGAUCAACCAGUCACAGCCUGACUUCACCAAGACACGCUCAGGAUUUGUCCUUUCCUGGCCGGGAAACUAGCAAAAGCCUCGGCCUUUUCUAAUUUUAUUUGGUCCAAUGUCAGCUUGCCAUUCAAAGUCAAUUCAUUCAUAGGCUGGCAACAUUAAUGAUGGGGGAAAAAGUCCAGGACUGGUUCAUGCUAAACAUUAUAAACGUUCAUAGUUCAGAAGUAAUGCUCUCCAAUAGUCACACCUCUUCUGUCUGACCUGCAUUAAGCUCUUUACCGUAUUUAAUAUUCUUUGUGACACCCUUUGUCAUCUACCCAUUAACAUUGGCUUUGUCAUCUACCCAUUAACAUUGGCUUUGUCUCUUUUUCCCUCUUAUACGUGGUUCCUGGAUCUCCUUAAAUAUGACGAUCAGGCACAGCAGGCUCUAGUCUGUAGUUUUUCAGGGUUAUGGACUUUUGCACUCACUAUUUAUUGCUUUAUUUAAACAAAGUAACCCCUAUUUUAAUAAUAGAGAGAUAUGGAGCAAGAUUCCACAGUAUGAAAAUGAUAAAUGAGCUUACAGAUUUAGAAUCUAUUUCUCAUAAUUAGAGUGCCAGAAUUUGUGGUAAUAGUCUGGCUUCAAGUGGCUGUUUAGUAAUGCACCAGUUAGGUUUGAAUUUCUGCUAACCUUACUGUAUUUUAGAUAUUUUGUUAGACUGAGAUUGUUGUCUGAAGAUAGGGUGAAAUUGUUCAUUCCAUGGUUCUCAUGCUGUAUUAGAUAUGCGACUGGAUUUUCCCCAAGUCAGGAUGAUUCAGGAACACUAAAAAUGACAGCCAGGACCUGUUACCAGGAUUCCCGACCGGGUUCCUGGGGCUUCCCAUCUCCGGGUGCGUCUUUUAAGGGUGUGGGCUGGUCCAGGUCGCUAGACCGAAUUCUGCACACAUGACUUGGCCAGCUCCAUUGCUGUCAUAGGCAUGUCUUAGUCCUCUACAACUUUCAUGGAGUCAGGCCAGCUUUUCCAAGGUUCGUGGUUCACUGCAGCUCAGAUUUUUGGGAACUAUAGUCUGCAUGCGGGGGCCUUUUGAAAGGUAUGUUCAAUUCCUCUUUGUGUCCCCCAUGCCAAAGUAUGCCCAAACAACUCCUAUGGCCCAUCAAGCCCCACAUGCCAAGAUUUGACCCCCGAAUCACCACAAUGGUGCCUCAUGCUAAGCUAUGGCCCCCAAACAAACCCAGUGGCCCCUCAUGCACCCAAGCCAAGCUAUGGCACUUCCAUACUCGUUCACCCAAUAUAUACUGCAUAGAUUGAGGCUUGGCUACGAGCCCAGAAAUCUAUUAGCCUGUUGAUACACCUCAGCCCCAGAGAAAACAUUGCUUAAUUGGCAGCUCUGGAGCUCUGAUUUAUGCUGCCAAGUUCACAAUGUUUAUUUACACAAGAUAAAGAGGCUUCAAAUGCUUGCAGUUUCAGCUGUUGGUACUUUAAAGGGGCCGAAUGAUUGACACUUUAUUGAGCUGUAGUACAAAGGAGUUUUUCAAGAAAGUGGAAAGUUAUCAAUGAAUGUCUUUUUAAAAUCUUUUUUUAUACAUCCUACUGUCUCUACAAGAUUCAUUGGUUCCUGUACAGUGGGUGAAUGCGCAUGGAAGUGCCAUAGGGGUUGUUUGGGGGACAUGGCUUGGCAUGGGGAAUGAGUGGCCAUAGGAGGUUAGCGGGCAUUUGCUUGGCAUGA